AUGGCGGCUGCCAAAGAGUGCGCUAAAUCGUCAAAGCGGUCAUCACAACAACGGCUUUCCUUGGAGGCUAGUUUAGAAAACUUACGCGAAUUAACCGGUACAAUAGAGAAAAAAAAGACCCCAAAGCAGAGCGACUUCUUCCUCACGUACGAUAGCAGUGGUAAAAGAAUACGUGAUUCCAAUUACAAAUACCGCUCUGUUGCUGAACGCAAAAAAGCAAAAAGCGAGCUACCUCUGGCCAAACUAGUAGUGUUACUGAGAGCGACGACGUUGACCUUUGCCCAUUUGAAUCAGAUAGUGGUUUUGAUUUUGACAUCAUUACUGAAGAAUCAUCUGAUGUUUCUCUACAAAGAAAAAAUUUGACCACCUGUAUAGCAAAUUGUGAAAGUUUGACUCAAGAAAUGAAGUCCAGUACCCAGUCCAUGUGGACAAGAAGAAUGCAGUCUGUGGAUGCUGCAUGGGAAAAUAGUAGAUCUGCUAUAUUUGCUGCUGUUUUAAAAAGUCAAGCAAUUCCUAAAACUGGGGCUGUUUGCUUCUUGUGCGGAGAAGACAGAGCUGUUGUUCGGUGUCGCCACUGUGGACCAGAUGCAUUACUCUGUAACAAUUGUGAUGAGACAGCUUAUGAGAAAAAACCUUUGCAUGACCGUGAUAUUUGGAUAAAUGGAUUUUAUCAAGCAAUUCCUCCAACUGAAACAGUCCUGCCAGAUGGAUCUCCAAGCUUCAACAGAAAAUAUCCUCCAUUUUUAUUUUGCAAAGAAUGUAUUUAUUGCAAGGGCCAGGAUACACUUUCUAUCAUCCCCUCUAAUGAAAUGUGCAUUCUUAUAACAGCCAAAGGAAGAUUUGAUUUGUAUUCAUUCACAUACAGUUGCACUGGAUGUGAUCAACAGUUCUCACCAUUAACACUGGAGAAGAUAAUUAAUGAAGGGUAUUGGCCAGGUGGCCCAAAGAAUCUUAAUUACAUCUUCUGUGAAGAUGUGUUCAGAGUUUGGGAUUCACUGCGAAAGUAUAUGCCAGGCACAUCUGAGACAGCAUUUCGUAGGUCCUUGGCCUCCAUAUCUAGUGAAAAGGGCAGGUCAGGUAUCAUCAACGCAUCAGUGUUUCAUUGUGCAUUCAAAGAAUGGUGUUUUGCCAUGCAUGAAGUUGACAUCUUACAAGAAAAACAAUGGGCAAAUUGCCCAUCAUGUUUUAGAUCCCAACAUUCGUGUCAUGUUGAUGGAAACGCUAAACUUUAUAGAUACAACAGUGUGCCAAGAGGUGAAAGAAAAUGCUACUAUGAAAAUACAUUUAUUGAAGAUGAUGAACUGGUAGAGGAGCACUUGAACAAUGUUUAUUCCAACAACUCAGCUAAGGGUCAUUCAAGUAAUUCCUAUUGUGGUUCCUCUCAUUGGAAAGCUGCAAGGAAUACGGUCAACCGCCAAUCCAAACUUGAUGAAACUGGUCUUGUUGUAGCAGGCUGUAGACAUUCUCUGGCUCAAUCUGCUGUGAAUAUGCAUCAAGGUGAACUGUAUGGAUACACACAUUAUUUGCAAAUCAACCGACUAAUUCACCAUAAAGUUAAGUUCUUAUGGCAAGAUGUGAUUUGUAAGUACUGGCCUUGGUUUAUUUCGCUUCCCAAAGAUUUGUCACCUGAUGAAGCCUUUUUGAUGGCACCAGCAUUAUCUAUCAUGCAUGGUCACAUGGGGUGGACGUUGGCAAAUUGGAAGUGGUUACACUGCAGGUCGCAAUGAAGCACAAACGGAGCAUGUUCUUCACUGGAACAAGUUAAAGAUUCUUAAGCUGCCAAUCACUCUUUGCAAGGAAUAUGUUUAUGUAAAGAAGUUAAUAGAAGAAAAUAAGAAGGAACUUGAUGAGCUGGUAAACGAGCUAAAUCUUUCCGCGUAUCGUGAAGAGUUCGGUAAUUGGGCUGCUGAAAUAACAGCGUGUGGGAAACGGUCGAAGUUUGAGAUGACGAAGCGUGAAGGUGAUCUUGUUUCUUACUAUGAGCUGUAUACCGAAGUGCGCGAAGCUAUCGCUUUGAAGCCGU